AUGAAGAGAAAGACAUGUGCUGAACUAGGGAUUAAGUCCUUUGACAUUGACCUUCCCGAACAGGUUUCCAAAUCCAAUUUGAUUAAGCAAGUUCACCAGCUCAAUGUUAACCCUGAUGUUCAUGGUAUAUUGGUUUAUCUUCCAUUGCCAAAGCAUAUCAAUGAAGAGAAAGUUCUCAGUGAAAUCAGCCUUGAUGAAGACUCUGGUAUUAUGUGGAAGUACUACAAUUUUCCUAUUUUCUUACUCAUAGAAAGUUCCACAGCAACUAUUAAAGAGCAAAUGGCUUAUGACACAAAACAUCUUCGUGUCCUGGAGAUACAAUGGCUUGGAGCUUAUCCUUUAGAUACUGAGAGAUAUUUUAUUCCAAAGCAGUGUCUACUUUCUCUAAUUGCUGAAGCUCAAGUGACUGGAUACACGGAAGCAGUGUUAACAAGGCACCUUCAGUAA